AUGUUCUUUUCCUCGAGCUGCUCAGAUGCUUCUAUCCGUAGCGUAUUUACUAUCCGCAAAUCUGUCAGCAAACUCCGUUCUCAGUACAUGAAUUCCUCGGCUGUUGAUGAGCAUAUGAGUCUCAUAGGAAGCUCUAUACUGAUUUGCUAG